CACUGUAGGAGAACGACUGCCAAGCCUAAACUAACCUACAGCUGGGACAGAGGCCCACAGAUUCUCACUACAACCCAAACACAUGUGGAAUGUUGAAGAAAACCACACACAUGGGAGAAGUACUAUUUUCAUGGACUGUCACCUUCCAAUGACUAUCUCUCUGUCUCUGUCUCUCUGAGAGCCCGGCAUUCCACUCAACAAUGACACGAUUCACUGCGUCCAGGCACAAUGCAUUAGCGCUGCGCGUCGCCAAUGGGAUUAAAUGUCAUUGAUGAAAUUCCUCGUUUAAUCGCUUGAGAACUACUCUCGUUUAGCCAUCGCCAAUUCAAUGAAAGCCACAAACUUUCCGUCGCACUUAACGCGCGUAUUAUUUCUGGAACAGGCGGAAAGGGCCCGGUAUCUUAUGGUUUAAAGUGUUGAAUCUUCUUCAUCGUGCCAUGCAACUUGAGGGGCAAAAGUCAACCGUCAGAUCUAAGCAGCUUUGAGCCGUUGGAUAUAUAGAACUGUGUCGCUGAUUUAUCCGUUCAGGUCGCUUACCUACACAACCACCAGUCUGCUGAAAUAGAGCACCUCACCUCUGAUAAACACGCAGGAACAAGCUGCUCUCAACCGCCGGGCUCCAGGAAAAACGUUUCAACUAUGAUACAAUUAGUCUGGGUACUUCUACAUAUUUGAAGGAGGCACUAGCUGGAUUGCUUGAAUUUCAGUCAUUUUCUUGGGACAUAGGAAAAGCGCUUUCAGACGCAUUUGUGUCCUCUACUACUCUCCGCUGGUCUGGUGCUGAUCUCCUGCAAAAAGCAUCAACCCUGGAUGGGUCUCACUCAAGAAGAGUAAACUUUGCGAUUUUAGCACAGACCAGACACCGGACCAGGCGUGCUGCAGGACGACUGGAAAUAAUGCAUAGAUGAAAGCCCCUUCUAGUAACGCCGUUCUCGCACGGAAAAGGCGUCGCAGAGGGACUCUGUCAAUCUCCGGGCGACAAUGUCGGACAACUUCACCGAUUUCGAUUUCAACAGCACGACGCAGCCGGUGGCUGCUGCCGUGGCUCCAGACUACAACUUCCCUGCUCUUAUAUUCGGGAUAUUGCUAAUCAUUGUGAUUAUCGGUGGAAAUGUGCUUGUGUGUCUUAGUGUUUACAUGGAAAAAGCUUUAAAAACUACAACAAACUAUUUCAUUGUGAGUUUGGCUGUUGCGGACCUACUCUUGGCAGUGCUGGUGCUGCCACUGUUCGUGUACGCAGAGUUCCAGGGUGGUGUGUGGUCCCUGAACAUGAUGCUGUGUGACGGUCUGAUGUCCAUGGAUGUGAUGCUGUGCACAGCCUCCAUCUUCAACCUCUGCGCCAUCAGCGUCGACAGGUUCAUUGCUGUGUCAAUCCCUCUGAACUACAACAGGAAGCACGUUGACCAGCGUCAGAUCAUCCUGCUGUCAGGCACCUGGCUCAUAGCCCUGGCCGUGGCCUCCCCAGUCAUGUUGGGUAUCAACAACAUCCCACACCGAGAUACCACCGAGUGUAAACUGGAAGAUGACAACUACGUAGUGUACUCCUCUGUCUGCUCCUUCUUCAUCCCCUGCCCCAUCAUGCUCCUCCUCUACUUCGGCAUGUUCCAGGGCCUGAAGAGGUGGGAGGAGGCGCGCAAGGCCAAGCUGAGGAACAGCAUCCAGACAUGUAGGAAGCUUCAGCAUGCAGCCGCAGCCGCCGCCAUGCCAACCUCAGGGACCAUCCCCGGGCCUCUGCCCAUGCCCCUGCCCAGGAUCAUCGAGAGGGACCUGGCUCAGGCCCGGCUGGGGCUGGAGGAUACCGAUGACUAUCUGCAGCCGGACUGCCCCCCGUUCCCCUCGGCGUACAGGGAGCGGAUCAGCUCCGUGCCGUCUAUCUCCUACCAGCAGCAGCCGCCGCAGAAGAGGAAGCGAGCCAAGAUCAACGGCAGGGAGAGGAAGGCCAUGAGGGUUCUUCCUGUUGUGGUGGGCUGCUUCCUGUUCUGCUGGACCCCGUUCUUCGUCGUCCACACCACACGGGCCCUGUGUGCUACCUGCUACAUCCCACAGGCCCUGAUAAGCACCGUCACCUGGCUGGGCUACGUCAACAGCGCCCUCAACCCCAUUAUCUACACGGUCUUCAACACAGAGUUCAGGAAGUUCUUCAAGAAGUCCCUCCACUCAUUCAGCUGCUGCUGACAUCAGCCCCAGACCAGAGGGACAAUGGUAGCUCUAACUGUACUCUCACAGAAGGCGUAUACUACUGCACAGGCAUGUCAAGGGCCAGGGUCAAUUCCAGUCAAUUCAGAAGGUACACAAAAAAUGUCCAAUUAUCGUCAAUGCUUUUCACUGAGGAAAAUGUGCAAUUGGAUUUUGGUUUGACUUUCUUAAAUUGUCUGGGGAUGGCCCAGGGCUAAAUCUGUAUGUUUAGCUCUGUGGUGGCUAACCCUCCUCCUGGACAGCUACUUAGUGAGCAGGUUUUUGCUACAACCACAACCCUACCCUAAACAAAUGACCUUGAUUAACUGAUUUAACAGGGAUGGAGUAAAAGCCAGCACACCCUGUAGGAGGUUACAAGGGCAGGACUAUGUUUUAAUGGAACCUUUAUUUAACUAGGCAAGUCAGUUAAGAUCAAAUUCUUAUUUACAAUGACGGCCUAGGAACAGUGGGUUCAGGGGCAGAAUGACAUAUUUUUACCUCGUCAGCUCUGGGAUUCGAUCCAGCAACCUUUAGGUUACUGACCCAACGCUCUAACCACUAGGCUACCUGCCGCCUCAACCCCAUAGUCAUGCCGCUGAGAUAUGAGUAUGAGUGUUUAUCUGGUGGGUGGGGCAUUAGUUUGCACAUUUGAGACCAUACCAAUUGUUCUAAAGUGACAUCUCUAACCAUCCUGGACACCGGGCGAUGCCAGACGAGCAUGCCCAGUAUUCCUUAAUAUUGUUUAUUACAGGUGUGGUAUGAGGUUUAACAUAAGCAUUAUAACAGUAUUACCAUAGUGUUAUUACAGCCCUGUGAAUACACCUUUAAUCUGAAGUUAUUUAUCUUAAGACAGCAUUAUGAAGAACAGAAGCUAAUCAAUGAAUGCAUUCAUACAGUAUGUAUAAUACUAAAGCUAUAGCCUGUAACCUCAUAUACAAAUCCAUUCAAAUGUUGUUGUUUUUUAAGUUUGUUGUAAUAUUGUUUUGCCAUUUUACUGAAGCCAAUACUUUGACUGUAUCUGCCUGUAACAGCAGUCUGUUUGUCGGGUCAUUGACAGUGCCUACUGUUUACCAUAUCCACGUUUUAUGUGGUAAGCUUUCCAAUAAAAAAGACACCUCUUUGUAAA